AUGCCUAACGUCAGCGACAGACCCAAAACUUAUAAGAAACCUGCAUUAGAGGAUGUUGAUCCUAUCACAAACUAUAUACCUGCCAGUGUGUUAGAUAAGUUUGAUGAAAGGCAAUUGGCAAGGUUCAAGAAGGUGAGAAAGUUUGUUGAGUUUGAAUGUUUGCCAUUGGAUACUAUCUUUUUGCAAGAAAGUAUUCUAUUUGAGUAUAAGAAUGAUUGGGAAACAUGUCCUGUCAUUAUUACUCUAAGGAAGAAACUAGAAAGCUACGGUUUACACAAGAUGUUUGUACCCAUGGACCACGGCGGAUACGAUAACUCAUUGAACGAAAAUUGGGAAAUUGUCAACAUGGUUGAGUUUGCCAUGAUUGCUUUUCUAGUUGGAAGGUCAGUAAUCGCAAGUUACCUUUUCCACUUGGAUGAUUUGAUCAACAUGGGGACGAUACAGGUUUUGCUAAGGCAUGGUUGUACUAACCAUGAAAUAUGGGUUCGCAUGAUUAACGAUUUGGUUUCCAAUAAUAUCAAGUCAUGUUUGAUGGUGAGUGAACGUGAUGUGGCUGGAUCCGAUGCUUUAAAUACCCAAACUAAGUGUCGCAUCAUUGAGGGGAAAGAGAAUGAAGCCGAUUCCAUGAUGGUUUUGAACGGUGAAAAAUGGUUUAUCAAGGAUGCCCACGAUUCGGAAGUGUGGUUGAUUCUUUGCGUUACAGAGCCAGAAGAGGGAAACAUUUAUAGAAAGCAUUCUUUGUGUCUUGUUAACAGAAAUGACGUACCGCCAUACACUACAAAGAUAGAAACAAUAGACACAAAUGAAGGAAUUGGUAACUUUUACCAAGUCACUUUUAAAGACUGCAAAGUGCCCUUGAACAUUGUUGGUGAAAGAGGCGAAGGGUAUCAGAUCUUGCAAACCAAAUCGUCGAUAACAAGAUUGUUCCAGUGUUUGAAAUUAUGUGGGAUGGGUCAAGAGUCAUUGAGGCUUUCGAAUAAAAGAGCCGCCGAAAGGAAAGUAUUCGGCUCCAAACUACAAAAGAGUGAAUGUUUCAAGUUUGAGUUGGCCCACUGGCGGAUCAAAGUGGAGACUUGCAAGCUGCUUUGUUUUAACGCCGCAAUAAAAUGCGACUACGAAGGCGUCAAAGCCGCCAGAGAAGAGAUUGGAAUGGUUAAAGCGGUUACUCCAAAGGAAAUAUCAUCUCUGGUUGAUUGGUCUAUUCAGCUACAUGGAUGCUACGGUUUGUGUCCUACACGUACACCGCUAUCCCAUAUGUGGCAAGUGAGCAGAUCAUCAAGAAUCAACGAUGCGCCGGAUGAAUCGUUGAUAGCACAACUGGGAAGAUUGGAAAUAAGUAACUACAAUAAGUUCCAGAAGACGUAUGAUCAAGAAUUACUCGCCUUAGCUGGGAAGUGA